CUUCAUCCACCAACCCAUCAAGCAACAAAACUCCAAAAAUACACACUACAUCAUUAUUAUCUUUCUCAUUUGUUCCUUUGAGCAGUGAUGGCUGGCCUCAGGGUAGCAUGUGUUGUUGCAGUGAUGUGCAUGGUGGUGGCUCUGAGUGCACGUGCACCCAUGGGUGCACCGUCGUCUAGCAUCAGCUGCAGCACGGUGACAAAUUACUUAUCUCCGUGCUACAGUUACCUCCGUAACGGAGGAAAACCGUCGUCAUCGUGCUGCGACGGAGUGAAAAACAUCUACAACGAGGACAAGAAUACUGCCGAUGUCCGGGCCACGUGCAACUGCCUGAAAAGCCUUGCCAGUGAGACUACUGUGAGUGCCAAUUACGCAGCUUCACUACCAGCAGAAUGUGACGUCAAAAUACCCUACAAGAUCAGCAACUCCACCGACUGCACCAAGAUUACAAUAUAAAUUAUGGAGCUAAGUAAGAAAUGGAAGAGAAAUUUUUCAAUCGCGUGAUUCUAUAUAUGAUAGUGUUGUAGAAUUGACCAAUAAAAGAGUGUUGAAGCUGAGGGUACAGUUAUGCGAGUGUCCUCUUGGUAUCAACGUGUAGUUGUUUCGGACUUUGUUCCAGUUAUGUUAUUGUGUUCAUUGAAAUUUGUCUCUAUUGGUUGAUGCAUGUAAUAAUGAGACAUAUAAUAACUCCUUGCUACUUUAAUUUUUUCAGUUUCCAUGUUGGUUUACCUUAUUUCACUAUAAGAAUUCUCGCUAUUAUCGGAUCA